UGGUUAGCGAUGGUGCUUGACUGGAAGGAAGCUUUCCUAGCGUUUCUACGAGGAUGGUGAUUUCAAUCCAGGGGAAUGAAUCAUGAGCAUUGAGUGUGCAAGACUGGGCGACAGUGAUGACCAGGACACUGGUAGAGAGGGAACGAAAGGGACUGGCAUCAUUGUGAGAGAAGGUCAGAAGGGAAGGAGGCCGAGGAGGUUUGGAGCAGCGUUGAGAGUGUUGUUUCCAGGUCGUUGGAAGUGAUACAUCAGCAUCGGCAUCAGCAUCAGCAUCUCUAGGGUAGUGGGACGAGGGGUAGAAUCGUAAGCAGUGUUGAGGUGAUCUUUUCCGUCGCUAUGAAGCUGGUGGGUGGGACAUGCCGGUGCACGGUUGUGACAAGCCCCACGACCUUUACAUCUAUGAGGAGAAUGGCUGGUUGUGCAACCGCCUCCACCACGCGAUGUGGCUUCCUGGCCAGCUUUGAGAAGCGUCGUCUGCCAGGUGCGGGGAGGUGCCUGCCUGUAACGAACUCGCACACGGUUACAGCCCAUUUUGGUGGGAGGAUGAGCAUAUGGAACAGUACGCUGGGCAAUUAUUGGGUGCGAGUACCGUCGAGCGAGAGAAUCGCGUGCUACAGUGGUCGUGUGCGUCUUGAUCGUGCAGGUAGGGGGAGAAGAGGUAGCUCGAGUGUGGGGAGGGAGUUUGGGGCGUCGCGGAGUAGGAGGUUGCUGCAGCAGAGAGACGGGAUGGAUUGCGCAAUGCUGCACUUGAUGGACACAGCGCCGUUUAGAGGAGUGAGCCAGGCUCCGUCGCGAGUGCGGGAUGCCGGGGAUUCGAUGGUGCCCAUGGCGUUCUUCAGGUUCGGAAAGAGCAAUCUCCCGGACGUUGUGCAGGCAGGAGACCCAGUGCUCCAUGAGCCUGCUGAAGAAGUGAUGAGGGAAGACAUCGGGAGUGCACGUAUUGAGAAGGCCAUAAAUGACAUGGUAGAUGUCAUGCGUGCCGGUCCUGGAGUCGGUCUGGCCGCUCCCCAGAUUGGAAUUCCUUUACAGAUUAUCGUGCUGGAGGACACGAAAGAGCUUAUGAGUUACACCUCUCCUGAGGAGUGUGAAGCCCAACAGAGAACACCUUUCGAUCUUUUGGUUAUCAUAAACCCAAAGCUCGAAAUGAAGGCUAGCGGUGGUACAGCUUUUUUUUUCGAAGGUUGCCUCAGCGUUGCGGGGCAUAGGGCCCUUGUAGAACGGCACUUGGAAGUUGAAGUCACAGGUCUUGGAAGAGAUGGGCAGCCUUUGCAUUUUACAGCUAAAGGAUGGAAGGCACGGAUAUUACAGCAUGAGUAUGACCACUUGCAAGGCCUUCUGUAUGUAGACCGAAUGGUGAAGCGAACGUUCCGGAGCACAGACAACCUAAGGCUUCCUUUGCCAUCUGGAUGCCCUCGUCCUGGUGUUGGUAAAACUCCCACAUGUACAUAAAGCAUUUUCCUGGAGUUACUUUUACUUCGUAGUUUCCAACAUUCCACUCAGUAGGUACCAUCAUUUUAUGGAUCGUGUGCGUCGAAGCAUAGGUUAUUUAUAAAUCAAGCGUUAGCUUUUAGAUCUUAACCUCGGGAUUCAUGGAGAAUGCUUUAUUGACGUUAAACUCUUUAGAUAUACCAUUCUCUUUGUACGAGACUCUGAACAUGUAUGAGUCACGAGUGGCACAAUGCAGGCUUGAUUACGUGUAACAUGCAUCCUCAAAGUUCUGGCAAUUAAUUCAACAAUACAGACGGAUCCCAAUUUUUUCAAAUCA